UUUUAGUAAAAGAAGUUCUAGAAAAUAUUUGAAAAGCAAAGAAAUAUAAGAUGGCAAAUAUAAGAUCUCUUCCUCCGGCUUUAGCUAAAAAGGCAGCUGAAGAAUUAGGUGAAGUACCAUCAAGAAUUCAAGAAGAUUUGCAAGCUCUAAAAGAUUGGAUCGAAAAGCAACCACAUCUUAAAGCGAGAACUUCAGAUCAAUUUUUAAUAGCAUUUUUGCGUGGCUGCAAAUAUAGUUUAGAACGUACUAAAGAAAAAUUAGAUAAAUUUUACAGUUUAAGGGCUGGCAUACAGGAUAUAUUUCGUAAUCGAGUAACCGACGAUCCAAAAUGUUUAGAAAUUUUAAGAACAACUGUAGCUUUUCCAUUGCCGAAAACUAUAGGCGAAGAUGGUCCAAGAAUACGUUUAACCCGCUCUGGCCAAUAUGAUCCUGACAAAUAUACUUUUGCAGAAAUUGUAAAAGUACAAACUAUUAUAACAGAAAUAGAAAUGUUGGAAGAUGAUAAUUUUGUUGUAGCUGGAUGCAUUGAAAUUUUAGAUUUGGCUAAUGUUACUAAAAAACAUUUACUUCAUUUGGAUUUAAAUGUAAUGAAAAAAGUUUCUGUUUAUAGUGAUAAAGCAAUGCCAGUUAGACAAAAAGGUGUUCACUUUAUCAAUUUGCCAAAUGGAUUCUUUAAAGUUUUCAAUAUUAUAAAAGCUUUCCAGAGUGAAAAAAUCAAAAGACGGAUAUUUGUUCAUAAUGAGAGAAAUAUGGAAUCUUUAUACGAGCAUAUUUCACAAGAUUAUUUGCCAGUUGAAUACGGUGGAAAUAAUGGUACAAUUUCAGAUAUUAUAGAUUAUUGGGAGAAAAAAAUUAUUGAGUAUCGUGAUUAUUUUAUUGAGGAAGACAAUUAUGGGUCAAAUGAAAAAUUAAGAAUUGGAACACCAAUUGAUUUUAAUUCAUAUUUUGGAAUCGAUGGAUCAUUUAGGAAAUUGGAAAUAAUGAUUGAAUUAAGACAACUUCCGUCAGCUUUAGCUAAAAAAGCAGCUGAAGAAUUAGAUGAAGUACCAUCAAGAAUUCAAGAUGAUCUUCAAGCUCUAAAAACAUUUCUGCGUGGCUGCCAAUAUAGUUUAGAACGUGCUAAAGAAAAAAUAGAUAAAUUUUAUAGUUUAAGAGCUGGUCUUCGAGAAAUUUUUCGUAACCGUAAAACCGAUAAUCAAAAAAUUUUAGAACUUUUAAGAGCAGGAUCGACAUUACCAUUACCCAAUACCAUACAAGAAGAUGGCCCAAGAAUAAGAUUAACACGUUUUGGACUUGAUGAUGAUAAUUUAAUUGUUGCCGGUACAAUUGAAAUAUUGGAUGCUGCGAAUGUUUCUAAAAAACAUUUUUUAAGUUUUGAUUUGAAUAUAGCGAAAAAAAUUUCAGUUUAUGGUGAAAAAGCGGUACCAGUACGACAAAAAGGUAUUUAUUUUAUUAAUUUACCAAAUUGGUUCUUCCAGUUGUAUGAAAUGUUAAAAAACUUUCAAAGUGAAAAAAUUAGAAAUCGUAUGUUUCUUUAUAGUGAGAACAACAUUGAAUCGUUAUAUGAAAAUAUUCCAAAAAAAUAUUUACCUGUUGAAUAUGGUGGCGAAAAUGGUACAAUUCCAGAUAUUAUCGAUUAUUGGGAGAGAAAAUUUAUUGAGUAUCGUGAUUAUUUUAAUGAGGAAGAGAAUUAUGGAUCAAAUGAAAAAUUAAGAAUUGCUAAAAAAGCAUCUGAAGAAUUAGGUGAAGUACCAUCAAGAAUUCAAGAAGAUCUUCAGGUUCUAAAAGAUUGGAUUGAAAAGCAACCACAUCUUAAAGCAAGAACUUCAGAUCAAUUUUUAAUAGCAUUUUUACGUGGCUGCAAAUAUAGUUUAGAACGUGCUAAAGAAAAAAUAGAUAAAUUUUAUAGUUUAAGAUCCGGUAUACAAAAUGUAUUGCAAUGUCGUAGAACUGAUGAUCAAAAAAUUUUAGAAAUUUUAAGAACAAGUGCAAUUCUACCAUUACCAAAAACUAUAGGUGAUGAUGGACCAUUAAUACGUAUAUCACGUUUUGGUAAAUGUGAUCCAGAUAAAUAUAGUUUUGUAGAUACUGUUAAAGUUCAAACAAUAAUAAAUGAAAUACUUUUAUUGGAAAAUGAUAAUUAUAUUGUGGCUGGAUGCAUUGAAAUUUUAGAUUUUAUUGAUAUUUCAUCAAAACAUAUUCUUAAUAUGGAUUUAAAUAUAAUGAAAAAGAUAUCUGUAUACAGUGAGAAUGCAAUGCCUUUACGACGUAAAGGUUUUCAUUUUGUUAAUUUAACUAGUAGUUUCUUUAAAAUAUUUAAUAUUGUUAAGAAUUUUCAAAGUGAAAAAACUAGAAGUCGUAUAUGCGUUCAUAGUGAAAGGAAUAUGGAAUCACUAUAUGAAAAAAUUCCUAAAGAAUAUUUACCAGUUGAGUAUGGUGGAAAUAAUGGUACAAUUCCAGAUAUUAUCGAAUAUUGGGAGAGAAAAUUUAAUGAAUAUCGUGAUUAUUUUAUUGAGGAAGACAAUUAUGGGUCAAAUGAAAAUUUAAGAAUUGGAACACCAAUUGAUUUUAAUUCAUAUUUUGGAGUUGAUGGAUCAUUUAGGAAAUUGGAAAUUGAUUAAUUUUUUGAAUUAUUACUUACUUUAUGU